AUGACUGGCUCGCCAGCCUCGCUGCUGCUGCUGCUGCUGCCCGUGGCGAGGGACGAGGCGGGCAAUCCGGUGUUGCCGAUCACGGUCAAGGGGACCACCAUCCUCGACCUCGGGGAGAUAGUGUGGGAUCGUCCUCUCUUCCAUUCCAAGCAGUACUUGUGGCCCACCGGCUUCAAGAGCACCAAGCGCCUUCCCUCCAUUUCCAAUCCAGAAGAAUACACCACGUACACGUCGGAGAUAGUCGAUACCGGUGAUGAUGCACCUACCUUCCGUGUGACGCCCGAGGACCGACCAGACCUGGUGUUCGAACAUUCCACCUCCUCUGGCGUCUGGACGCAGGCACUCAAAGCGAUCAAGAAGAAGCCUUCUGUUUCUGUCUCUGGACCGGAGAUGUUUGGCUACGCUUCGCCCGUCAUCCAGUUGCUGUUCCAGGAGCUACCCGAUGCCGAAAAGUGCGAGAAAUACCUUCCCAAGGCGUUCGAAGAGACGCCUGACUCCCCGGCCUCCCCGUCCGCUUCUCCCAAGCGUUUGGGGGAUGCGGAAGCCGACAACUCACGGACCCUGCGAGCGGAGAAGAGGAAACAGCUGGAAGUGGAGAAACUCAAAGCCGAGGUGCGACAGCUGCAAGAGCAGUUGCAGGCCAGGAAGCAGGCAGUUGCGAGAAAGGCGCUGAGCAACUUUGAACGGCGAGCUGGCGAGGAAGAAACGACCAUAGUGGAAGAGCAACAAGAGGAAGAGGAGCACGAGGAAGAGCACGAGGGAGAUGAGCUUGCGAGCGAAGCCGAGGACGAGGAGGCUGACCAGGAGUACUUAGCCGAGGACUGA